CUAUAUGUCCCUCCGCCGCUCAGCAAACUCCAAGCUUCCUCAACAGCGAACGUCAUUUAUUUGUCUCCGCGGCAUCUAUCUGAGGAGAGCUGCUUGAUUUAACGCCGUACACAGAAACCAAAGCGCAACCUGCAGGGGGACAGUGACGCCGUGCGGCCGCAUCCGCGCACAGCGCAGCGCAGCGCGACCAGCCGCGGAGACGUGCCUGUUUUUUUCCGCUCCCCCCGUUAUUAUCGCCACAGCGGCUCGGUCUGACACACAGCUCCGCCAUGGAGACCAAACCUGUCAUCACCUGCCUUAAAACGCUCCUCAUCGUCUACUCCUUCGUGUUCUGGAUAACAGGAGCCAUCCUGCUGGCAGUGGGAGUCUGGGGGAAGUUGAUGCUGGGCCCUUACAUCUCCCUGAUAGCCGACAACUCGACCAACGCCCCCUAUGUCCUCAUCGGCACCGGGACUGUCAUCAUCGUCUUUGGCCUGUUUGGAUGCUUUGCCACCUGCAGAGGAAGCCCAUGGAUGCUGAAGCUGUACGCCAUGUUUCUCUCACUGGUCUUCCUGGCUGAGCUCGUGGCGGGGAUCUCAGGAUUCGUGUUUCGUCACGAGAUAAAGGGAACCUUUCGGAGGACCUACACUGAUGCAGUCCUGAACUACAAUGCUGAGGACGAGGCGAGCCGUGCUGUGGACAACCUGCAGCACAGGCUGCGUUGCUGUGGAGUUUAUAACUACACCAGCUGGUUUGCCAGCGUGUAUUACCCCUCCAAUGGUAUCCCUCCCAGCUGCUGCUUUAACUCCUCUGAUUGUAACCCAGACGAUCUCCGCAAUGCAACUGUGGCCCCAAGCAAGGUCUACCACCAGGGCUGCUUUGAGCUGGUCACUUCGUUCAUGGAAACCAACAUGGCCAUUAUCGCAGGAGUGACGUUUGGGAUCGCCUUCUCGCAGCUGAUUGGCAUGUUGCUGGCCUGCUGCCUGUCCAGGAUCAUCACAGCCAAUCAGUAUGAGAUGGUCUAGCUAAUGUGAAGUGGCAGGGAGAUGGAGAGAAGAAGAGACAAAGCGUCUUGCCACGAGACUGAAGUAAAUUCCCCAAACUCCCAUCACACGUCUGAAUCGGAAGUUGCCUCCGCCCGUCUCUCUGCCUGUGAUCUCAGUGUAAUAUCUUAAUGUAACUUAUUGUAAAGCACCAUUCCUCGACUCGCUGCGGUUUGCAUCAAAGCUUUCUGUACCACGCACCACAUCGAUGCUUGACGUAGAAGUUGCUCGUUUGGGGUCAUCUCUGAUCGGUGCAGCCCACAGCAGGCAGGGGGAGCAGAGCGGACAGCCUCAGAAGGGCAUUACUUAAAAACCUGAAAGUAACCCUUCCAUUGAUAGCUUUAGUUUUCCAUUUGUUAUUGCUCAUCACUGUGUAUUCCUAGGGUUGUAGUCUUUUCUUACUUGAUUAUGUGCACUAAGGAGGAGAGUUUGGGCUGAUAAAGGUGGGGAAAGGGA